GCAGUCACAUGAAUGGUUUGUUGUGAUCGUGACCGAAAUUCUGCUUUUAUAUCAUGUAGCUUAUAUGUUACACUGUUCGGUUUUAUAUUUGGCAGCUUUGGUGAAAUAAUCCGAGCGUUUCAUUUCAAAAAUCCUGACAUAAAGGCGACAAACAGGACGAAAUCUCAGAAAGCGAAAGCGCUUUGUUUAUGCUAAUGAUCGCUAACGUUAGUUGGUGAACAAAAAGACCUAAGUCAUGCUUCGGUGGAUUCUCGGUGGUCGGGAAGCUCAAAGCUCGGUGGAGAAAAGCCCUGUGCUGUGCAUUGGUGAGGAACAGCCCAAAAACUGGUUCACUGAGCUGCAGGUGCUGAAAGGACAUUUUGACAUUGUUCGAUUUCUGGUGCAGAUUGAUGACUUCAGAUGUGCCUCAGCAGGAGAUGAUGGCCUGGUUUUGGUGUGGAAUAUUGAGACCGGCGAGAGGCUGCAGGAGCUGAGGGGCCAUUCCCAGCAAAUAACAGCCAUAACCACCUUCACCUGUAAUAAUGGACUCACGUCGCACACCUCGCUCAUCACCGCCUCCUCAGACAGAAGUCUCAGUCUGUGGGACCCUGAUACAGGCAACAGGGUUCAGACCAUUUCAGAUCUUCAGUCUUCUGUGAAGUGCUUGCUGGUGCUGGAGCGUCUGUGUUUGUGGGUCUCCGGCGGAGAGGAGCUGUGUGUGUGGAACAAAGACUUUCAGCUGCAGUGUCACAGGCAGAACCACAGCGACACUGGAAUAACUGCUCUGAUAGAGCUGCCCAAGAACUGCGUAGCAGCUGCAAUGGAUAAAGAAAUAAUGAUCUACAGGCUGACAUUUUCUACUGAUUCCUCUGUGUCAGUGGCUGAAAUCCGCUGUCUGUCCGACCACCAGGACCAGAUUCGAGCUCUAAUCAACGUCAACGACGGGCUCUUCGCGAGCGGUUCCCACGCCGGCGAGUUGAUCUUAUGGGAUGCGAUUGAUUGGAACAUUCUGGCUUAUGAGCACAUCCUGUGGGAGGAAUCACAAACCUGUGCUCAGGCUGAAAUACGACUGGGGGCUCCCACACCCAGUGAGAUGUCCAUCCAGCAUCUGACCACCAACGGAAAGCUCAUCCUGGCAGCUGUGGGCAGUGGACUGUACGUCUACAGUGUUCUCACCAAAACAGUGGUGGCCUACAGGAAGGUCGCCCAUGACUCCAAUGUCUUACACACUAUGUUGUUAUCUGACAGCGAGUUGAUGUCCUGCUCUGAAGACGGCAGCGUGAGGAUGUGGGAGAUCCAAGACCUGCCUUUACCUGCUGAACCUGCCUCUGCAGGGUUCUUUGGGAUGUGGACUUUUGGCCGGUCAAACAAACAGACCGGUCCUCCGUCCAAGAAGGUCGUGGACAUCCCCAACAUCAGGACACUGGAGCUGACAGGAGACCUGAUCGGACACUCAGGGGCAGUGCAGAUGUUUGUGAGCUUCAAGGAGAACGGUUUGGUCACAUGCUCGACGGACCACCUGCUGAUUCUGUGGAAGGACGGAGACAGGCAGUCCCACCUCCGCAGCCUGGCACUUUUCCAGAAACUGGAGGAGAACGGAGGACUCUGAACUUUGACCUUUGUGUCACUGCCUUAAAGAGGAGAGGACUGCUCCGUGUUCGGCGCUGCUCGUAAUUCCGGUCGCCGAGGAGGAGGACUCGCUCUCGUCCAUCGGGAUCGUUUCCCCUGUAGACUAACAAGCCAAGACUCUUUCAGCUCGUUUGAGCUCCAGAUGACCAAGGUUGGAACAAGUCAUCCUUUUUAUUGUAUCCUAAUUAACAGACCUCCUGGUCCUGCUCAUGUGUUUUUAGAUGAAUUUGCUGAAUUUUUAUCCUCUAUUAUCAAACUGGAGUCAGUGCUAAUAGUUGGUGAUUCAUAUUGAUAAUCCCUCCUGUAAUAUUGCUUCAGAACUAAUAACCCUAACUAAUUCUUUAAACUUGACAUGUUUCUGGUUCCACGCAUGAGAAAGGCCACACUCUUGACUUGGUUUUCUCUUUAGGCCUGAGUAUUGACCACAUAUAUGUUAAGGACAGUGAGUGAUCACUUUCCACUUUUACCACCGUCAAGUGCUAUUGUUUCUCAACGGCGCAUCAUUAAUCAGUCUGUCAUUGAGAGGUUUUUAGAGUCAUUUGAUUCUGACUCGCUCGCGAAUGAGUGUAAUGAUGUUGAAUCAUUCGUUCUGUCUUUUAAUAAUCACUGUCUGUCAAUUUUAAACAAGGUAGCUCCUGUUAAACAGAGUGUUAUCUCUCGAGAAAAAUCGUGCCGGUGGAUAAAGGACAUUUGCUCUUUUAGAAGAACUUGCCGUAAAGCAGAGCGUUUAUGGAAAUCUACUAGCUGGAAGUACACAGACUGCAUCUUAAGGACUUGGUUUCCUCGUUGAACGAAGUGAUAAAACAAGCCAGAUCUGCUUAUUUCCAACGGUUAGUACUAUCAAACAAAAAUAAUCCAAAAAUUCUUUUUGAGACAUUUAAUAAUAUUGUCUAGCAUCUCAAAUUCAAGUGGACUCAGCAUUGGACUGCAACAAACUCCUAUGUUUUGUGAACAAGGUUCAAGAUUUAAGGGCAAACAUCUGUCCAUCUGAGGAUGUCCAGCCCAGAAAUACUUUGCUCCCAUUUCAUACCUGAUCCACCUUCUCACCUGUUACGCUUGAGGAUAUUCAGUUGUUGAUAAAAAAGAUCAAACCUUCUUCAUGUCCUCUAUUAUAAAAAAACAAAUCUAAAUCAAUCUUAGGCCCAUUUUCAAGCUAUCUUUUAUGUCCAAAAGUCGUGGCUGAGCAACUUAGCUCCUUUCUGGAGAACCAUGACUUUGAAAAUGUGUCCUAUCACUUUUAUGCGGAUGAUAUUCAGUUGUAUUGUUCUUUUUCUGAAUCUGAGAUAGGUUAUCAAAUCUGUGAGAUUGUCAGCCAUCAGAAAAUUGUUAACAAACAACUACCUUCAGCUGAACUAUAAAAAAAAAACUGAGAUGCUGAUUAUCGCCCCAGAUGAAUAAAUCCCUCAUAUUAAGCAACACCUCGGAAGCGUUCAGGGACGUUGGUGAAAAGCUGCUUCAUUUGAGGAACAUCGCGAAACUCAAAAACAUUGUAUCAAGCCCUGAUCUGAAGUUGAUUAUUCAUUCUUUUGUUUCAUCUUGUUUAGAUUACUGUAACUCUCUUUUUAUGUGUUUUAACAAGGGCUCUUUAAACCGGCUCCAGAUUAUUCAUUGAUCGUUUACCCCCGUACUCCGUGGGUCGUUCACUCGGGCCCUCAAAAAAAAAAACCUUCUGUCGGUGCCUAAGACACAU